CACUACUCUCAACCUCACUCAACCCAAUUUGAGAGAGAGAAACGAAGAGGGGCAAUUAUGGAAUGUGGUGGUUCUGCAGGAGGUGGAGAUGGCUUCCAUAGCUACAAAAGGCAACAACCUAAGCCAACCUCGGGUAUUUUCAUCUCCAAAAUUCCACUUUUACCCUUCGCUUCUUUGAAUGUAUUGUUAACCACAAACAAGUCAUCUUUCGCCAACAACAACCACCAGCAAUCAAAUGGUCGAAACAUUGCGGCCAACUCCCUUAUGACUGGCUCUACCUGUGCCUCGAUCGCUGCCACCAACAAUGGAAAGAGCCAACAAUGCAUUGUGCGGGAGCAGGACCAAUACAUGCCAAUCGCUAAUGUGAUACGCAUCAUGCGACGAAUCUUACCCUCUCAUGCAAAGAUAUCCGAUGAUGCAAAGGAGACCAUCCAAGAAUGCGUGUCUGAGUACAUCAGCUUCAUUACUGGCGAGGCCAAUGAGCGAUGCCAAAGGGAGCAGCGUAAGACAGUGACAGCAGAGGAUGUCCUUUGGGCCAUGGGGAAGCUAGGGUUUGACGAUUACAUUGAGCCAUUAACUGUUUUUCUCAACCGCUACCGCGAGUUGGAGAGUGAUCGAAUCCGUACGGAACCAAUCCUAAGGCGCAAUGUGGAUUAUGGACCACAAGUAGGGAUGGUGCCACCAUAUGGCCAGACGUUUCAGAUAGGGCACGUCCCAACAGGAAUGUUUGAUGCAAUGGGCGGGUACUACGAUGGAGGUGGCAAUGGCGGGUCGAGCUCGGGCAAUGGUAGUCAACUUUGAUAUGAAUUCGAAGUAAAAUAUGACUAUAUAUAUAA